ACGCAUUCUUGCGCUCCAGGAAGCUGAGCUCUUGCAGCAACACCUCUGCCCAAUGGGGGGCGGCAACAGCUCAGUAAUUCCCUCCCCAAAGACGUGUAAGAUAGGAGGAGAGAUUCGCGUUCAAAAUCUUUUUGACUCUACCCGCUCUCCGUAGCGCCUUAGCCCGCUCGAGUUUCAAUGCUCGCUGUUGCUCAACGAAGCUGUGUCCUACACUCCGCCAGCUGCUCUCCCGGUCAUGGCUUCUCCGAGUUCCUUCACCUAUUACUGUCCUCCAUCUUCCUCCACUGUCUGGUCAGAGUCGCUGUACAGUCUGAGGCCCGAGCACGCGCGGGAGCGGUUGCAAGACGAUUCGGUGGAAACAGUCACGUCCAUAGAACAGGCAAAAGUAGAAGAAAAGAUCCAAGAGGUCUUCAGUUCUUACAAGUUCAACCACCUUGUACCAAGGCUCAUUUUACAGAGGGAGAAGCACUUCCAUUAUCUGAAGAGGGGCCUCCGACAACUGACAGAUGCCUAUGAGUGUCUGGAUGCCAGCCGCCCAUGGCUCUGCUACUGGAUCCUGCACAGCUUGGAGCUGCUGGAUGAGCCCAUCCCCCAGACAGUGGCUGCAGAUGUAUGUCAGUUCCUGGAGCUGUGUCAGAGCCCGGACGGCGGCUUUGGAGGGGGCCCCGGGCAGUACCCACACCUUGCCCCCACGUAUGCAGCCGUCAACGCCCUGUGCAUCAUUGGUACCGAGGAGGCCUACGAGGUCAUUAACAGAGAGAAGCUUCUAGAGUAUUUGUACUCGCUGAAGCAGCCCGAUGGCUCUUUUCUCAUGCAUGUUGGAGGUGAGGUGGAUGUGAGAAGUGCAUACUGUGCCACCUCAGUCGCCUCUCUGACUAAAAUCAUCACUCCAGACCUCUUUGAGGGCACAGCCGAGUGGAUAGCAAGGUGUCAGAACUGGGAAGGCGGCAUUGGCGGGGUGCCAGGGAUGGAAGCCCACGGUGGCUAUACUUUCUGUGGCCUGGCUGCGCUGGCAAUUCUCAACAAGGAACGUUACUUGAACUUGAAGAGCUUAUUACAAUGGGUGACAAGCCGGCAGAUGCGAUUUGAAGGAGGAUUUCAGGGCCGAUGCAACAAGCUGGUGGAUGGCUGCUACUCCUUCUGGCAGGCGGGACUCCUGCCCCUGCUCCACCGCGCGCUGCAUGCCCAAGGUGACCCUGCCCUCAGCAUGAGUCACUGGAUGUUCCAUCAGCAGGCCCUGCAGGAGUAUAUCCUGAUGUGCUGCCAGUGCCCGGCUGGGGGGCUUCUGGAUAAGCCUGGCAAGUCACGUGACUUCUACCAUACCUGCUACUGCCUGAGUGGCCUGUCCAUAGCCCAGCACUUCGGCAGUGGCGCCAUGCUGCAUGAUGUGGUCCUGGGUGUGCCUGAGAAUGCUCUGCAGCCCACUCACCCCGUGUACAAUAUUGGACCAGACAAGGUGAUCCAGGCCACCAUGUACUUUCUGCAGAAGCCAAUCCCAGGCUUCGAGGAGCAAGAGGAUGAGGCAAGAACAGAGUUUGCAAUGGACUAGAGGCCCAGGCCCAGGCCCUGUGCUCUGCUCAGCCUCCCCAGUGAGACGAGGUUCAUCAGUUUUGAUGCACAGUACGUUGUGUGCUACAAAGCCUUAGCCGCUACAGAGCUGUGGUUCUCUCUGUCCUUUCUUGUCAAACAAAACAAAACCAAUGGCUCUAGGUUUGGAGAACACAGCAGUGUGAUUAUUAAAAUUCUUCCCACCUGUCAAACCAAAAAUCUGUUAACCUAUGAGGACCAGCUGGGGACCAGUGCAUGCUGGGAGGAAGCAGCCUCUCCCUGCCUGCUUGCAGCCUGGGAAGUCGUGUUGCAAUGAAUGGUGUCUGUGAGUUAAGACUUACAGCACCCAGAGCACUGCUGUGACUCCCACUCUCAUGCCACCAUUAAAUCGCCAGACAGGAUCUUUCCUAUGGGUGGAAAUAAGUCUGCUCCAUGCCAAGGUUGGGGGCUUUGUGUCCCACCAAAAUGAAUUUUCUGGCAAAGACUAUGGUGGAGCUGCAUCAGGAGAUGCCUCUGCCCCUCACCUCCCUCCCUGGUCAUUUGCAAGGGAAAGGAACUGGGGGUAUGGGGAGAAAAGUCUCAAUUUGAGAGUCCUUCUUCCUCAACACAGGAGAACUGAGCCACGCAUCACUCCAAGGCCUGGUAUACAGCAAGGCUUGCUUCAGCCCAGGUGUGGCGACUUAUACCAGGAAAUCAAUUAUGAAUGCAAAACCAGCCUCUCAUCCAGCUCUGUGCCAGAGGAAGCAGCCCCCAGAACCCCCCCAUCAUGUACCAUGGAAACCCCUGAUGUCCUCAAGGCAGCGCCUGCAGCCCGGGACCAUUCUGCCUGUUUCCAUCCUCCUCCCAGCAGACUCCUAGCCCACCCUGCUCCAAGACAGUGUUGUCUUUUCUCACCCAGAGUAUUAACACUACUAAGUCUCUCUACUUAAUUUAUGACUCAGGAUUUAUUCACGUCCUGCCCGCUCCAGGCUUAGAGAAAUCGAAUCAAGUGCUAUACAAGCUGGCUGUGGUGGUGGCAAGGGGGAUGCUGCCUGGCCUACUGGGCCCUGCCAGUGCCUCUGCCGCUCCCCACAGAGCCCUUCCUCGGUCACUGAGGUAUUGAUUUGGGUCAUCUGUCCACUGCUGUGGUCACAACGAACCCCCUGUCACUGACUCAGUCUUCAUGUAAGUGGCUGUGGGCAGGCAGGAGCUUGGAGGUGCAGCAUGAGGCUUUUCUCAAAAUAACUGGCCAUUUGCUGCCUCUAAUUCCCUAUUGCUUUGGUAUAUUGGGCUAUGUAUUUACCUAAUAAAAGAAUAGCAUUUUC